UCAUCGAACACUCGAGCUGUCAUUUGUUAUCAGCUGUGCGCGUGAAAAUAUUGAAAAAUUGAGGAAUCCUCAUCGGUCGCUCGUACUAUUUUUUAAUUAAUCUCAAUUAAAAUCUUUGUACUUCAAGUGUUCGAUAGCAGCAACCGAAUAGGAUGGCAGAGCUCCUUAUCGACCCGAACAUCCGAGGCUGGGUGUUCUUGCCUAUUGUGGUCAUCACCUUUCUGGUUGGAAUAAUCCGUCACUACUUUUCGAUAUUGAUUACUUCCCAGAAAAAAGUGGAACUGACCCAGAUUCAAGACAGCCAAGCAAUGAUUCGGGCCCGACUUUUGCGGGAGAACGGCCAAUAUUUGACGCCCCAAUCGUUCGCCAUGAGACGGCACUACUUCAACAACGAGGAAACUGGUUACUUCAAAACGCAAAAGCGAGCUCCCCCUAGUACCAAUUCCACCGCCAUGCUGUCGGAUCUGGUCAAGGGCAACUUCAUCAACGUGCUGCCGAUGAUUGUCAUCGGUGGGUGGAUUAACUGGAUGUUCUCCGGAUUCGUCACCACCAAGGUUCCAUUUCCGCUAACCUUGCGCUUCAAACCAAUGCUGCAGCGCGGAAUCGAACUGGUUUCUCUAGACGCGGCUUGGGUUUCGUCGGCUUCCUGGUACUUCUUGAACGUUUUCGGUCUACGAAGCAUCUACACCCUGGUGCUGGGAGAAAACAAUGCGGCCGACCAGACCCAGUCGAUGCAGGACCAGAUGUCCGGGGCGGCCGUCGCCAUGCCCCAGGACCCGAAGGCAGCUUUCAAGGCCGAAUGGGAAGCCCUGGAGAUCACCGAGUAUCAGAACGCGCUCGGCAACAUCGAAGAGGAGCUGCUGAAUGGAGCAGGAGCAGGUCGUUCCGCGAUCGAGUCGUCGUCAUCGUCCUCCUGGCGCGAAGAGGGUGCCGCUCUGAGGAAUUGAAUUGGGCAGGUUGUAGCCUCUAGUGGAAAUUUCGUUAGGGAAAAGUGAGGGGAAUUUUAUACGGGAAAUCAUCGUGUAUUUAUUGUUUUGUGUUUUUCAUCUCCGCUACUGGGUAAUUGCAUCAGUAAUAAAGCAUUUAGAAAGGACAGCAACACACCGUGAUCGAAACGGUUUGUCGAUCGAAAUCUUCUUAACGAUUUUUGUUUCUAGAACUGUUGCUGCUUUGAAUUAGGACGAAAAAUCUAUCUGAAUAAACCAAAACUAGACAUUUCAACAUUCACCAAA